CUUUCAAGGUCCAAGAUGCGUUUCUUGGUAGGGUUUCUCCUUGCAAUUCUGCUCGUCAUCGUUCCGGCAGCACCAGCAGCUAAAAAACCUCCUUGCGGUGAGUGCAAUAAAAUCCAAGACCGUAUCCGCUCUGAACUUUGUUUUAAGAAUUUCAUUCCUGCCUGUGAUUUGGAACUUAGGACCGAUCAUAACAACUGGAAUUUCACAGUAAAUCCGUCAAUAAAAGUUGUGACGUAA